AUGGAUUUGGCCUACGAUCAUAUCCAGGAGAGCUCCCUCCCUAAGGAUGCCGACAAGAAGUCGGGCGACACCAAGAACCCCACGUCGGACCAGCCGCAGCACUCGCUCAAUGAUGACCUCCAGGAGGCAUACAAGGCCAUUUCGUCUAGCGCCUGGGGCAUACGUAUCGGCGGUUUUUUGGGAAACGCUGUGAAGCAGGGACAAGAAGUCUACAAAGAAGCCUCCAAGGAAGUCACCGAGCUUGGCGAAGAUGCUGCCAAGGGCUUUACGUCCAUAAUCAGCCGAACCCGAUCGCUGACCGUCAACGCGGGCCAAGGGGAACCGUCGGGGGAUAGGAACAAGGAGGCCGACGGCCAAACGACACCGACCAAGACAAGAGACCAGGCCUCGGAUGAAGCGAUGAGCAGCAGUUCAGAGAACUACCUAGCGAGGCUUCGCUCCGAGGCAGCCAAGCGGCUCAAGGAUUUGCAAAAGGCUGAGGACGCCGCCGAUGAGGCUCUCCUCCGUUUCGGCACCAAUAUCAGCAAUUUCCUCAAAGAGGCGGUCAGCAUCGCCCCGCCUUCCGAUUCCAACAACCAGGGGAGCACUGUUCUGUUCGAGAGCAAGGAUGCGCAGGGCAAACGGGUCAUUCAUGCCUCGAGGCAGGACGCCCAGCUUCACGUCAUCCACACGAGCACCGAGAGUUUCGCAAAGGACCCUGCAACGGACGAGUUUGCUACAUGGGCCAAGACGUUUGACGUCGAGAAGAAGACGGCGGAUAUUAGCGACGACUUGAACAAAUACCCCGAGCUGCGAACGACGAUGGAGAAGCUUGUGCCUGACCAGGUUCCUUAUGCUGAGUUCUGGAAGAGAUAUUACUUCCUUAGACAUGGUCUCGAGGCUGCUGAGACCCGACGACGUGACUUGCUCAAGGCUGCAUCUGCCGAAGAUGAAGUCGGCUGGGACGAUGACUCUGAAGACGAGGCUGCCUCGGCCCCAGUCCCUGCUCCUGCUCCUACUCCCACUCCGAAGGUCGAACAAAAACAAGUCCGCCCACCGUCGGCCGAGUCCUCCACCACCAUCCAACCCCCUGCUCAAAGCUCUGGUCUCAAGCCUGCCGCCGAGUCCCGUAAGUCGAACGACGAGAAGUCCCAGGCCGACAGCGACACAAGCUACGACGUCGUGGGUGCCACGUCCGGUGUGCCUAGCCAAGCCCCCAACAGCCCCAAGGACUCUCGCAAGGUCGACGACAGCGACGACGAUUGGGAGUGA